CUGGAUCUCCAAAGAUUCACUUGAAUUUUAUAUACUCUGACAUAAUAUAACGCCUCAUAAUCGGAUUCCAAGUUCGGAACCACCGUCGCCAAGUACAGUAACAGGCCUUCCCAACCAUGCUGACACUCGAUCAAAUGGUGUGGAAGCUGAGCUUUCUGCUCUUGACGGCACCUGCGCUCGUCGACGCCGCGAGUGACCUGUCCGGCGCAGGCUUACCGCCAUGGGUCGCCUGGGUCACAGGCGGCGUCCUCGUGUUGAUCGUCCUGUACUAUUGCUGUCGCAAAGCGGGCUUCGACGAGUCGCUUCAGCAACCGUUACUCGGCGGGCAAUACACGGAAGACGGGCAACCAUUGACCCGUCAAGACGUGCAAGAAAGCAAGGAAGAGAUCGACGGGCAAUGGAAGUGCGAAGUCUGUGACUUCCACAACAAAAUGUCCGCCAAGUCGUGUGUGUUGUGCGGCACGGACAAAGGGUUCAAGCUCGGGCUCGCGUCGCCGUCCCCUCGCCGCAGCCUCUCCAUCAAGGACUCGGCGCUCGGCGCGUUGAGUUCUGGCGGCGGGUCGUUCAAUCGCACGCGGUCGUUUGCGAUCCGACGCCUGAACAUGCUCAACUCCCGCCAACGCGGCGCGCGGAACCGCGGCGAUUGGGUGCGCAAGGUGGGCACCGACGGCAAGCGGCAUUGGGGUCGUCGCGACGUGGUGGACACAUUCUUGGCCAAGGACCCCGUGGCGAUGGAAGCUGGCGGGACGCCGAAAGCACCGUCAGCUCCGUUGCCACCGUCAUCUGCUGCUGCUGCUGCGGGGACAGUCCACUUGGACCUGGCGCGGCAGCAUUCGCUGGCGUUCGUGUCGCAACUGGCACAAACCCCUCGACACCCCGAAGGACGCAUGACGUUCAAGGAGUACCGCGAAGUGGACGCGGCCGUGGCGUCGCGCGGGUACGAGAUCUCCGAGCAAGACUUGGAGAUUCUAGAGCAAGUUGCUGCGCUGCCUUUCAAAGACAAGUACUCGUGGUUCCUCGAACAGACGACGUCGUUGAUUCGGCCGUGGGAGGACGGCCACUUGAAGAUGCGCGUACAUCGCGAGAACAUCCUCGUCGAGUCCAUGGAGCAGCUGCUCGGCGUGCAGAUGGAGCACAUCCACAUGCCCCUGCGCAUCGAGUUUAUCGGCGAAGUCGCGAUCGACGCCGGCGGACUCGAACGAGAAUGGUUUGCGCUCGUGACAGAAAAGCUGUUUGACGAGACCAUUGGGCUGUUUAUGUGUGCCCACGUUGAGUCAUUGGCGUACGUAAUCAACCCCAACAGCGUCGAAGCGAGUGCGGACCAUCUGCUGUACUUUCGGGGGGCGGGGCGGCUUCUGGGGCGGGCGUUACUGGAAGGCCAGCUCAUGAAAGCGCACUUGGCUUUGCCAGUGCUCAAGCACCUUCUUGGCGUGCCCAUCUCGUUUGCCGACUUGGAGUUUGUCGACCACGAAGUGUACCGGUCCAUGAAGUGGAUGAAGGACAACGAAGGCGUCGACGCGCUGUGCCUCGACUUUAGCGUGACCAACCGCCGGAUCAGCGGCGACAUCGAAGUGAUCGACUUGAAAGAAAAUGGCCGCCAUAUUGAAGUCACGGACGCCAACAAGCUCGAGUACAUUUACCUGCGGCUGCGCUACAUCAUGCUCGAGAGUUUCUCCGAGCAGCUGCAGCACUUGAUGGCUGGUGUCUUUGAAGUACUGUCUGUUACAUAUUGUCGUCGUGAAUGUGUAUAUAUAUCUAUCUAUGUGUACUUGGUAGGUGAUUCCGCAAGAGUUGAUAUUGGUAUUUGACUACCAAGAGCUCGAACUUGUGCUGUGCGGAGUGCCGUCGAUCGACUUUGCUGACUGGAAACUGCACACGCAGAGCUCGGACGACAUGCCGGCGGACCUGCUCGUGUGGUUCUGGGAGGUCGUCGAGGGGUUUUCCGACGAGGAGCGGGCGCGUCUGCUGCAGUUUACGACAGGGUCUUCCCGCGUGCCUGUCCAAGGGUUCAAGGCCCUGACGAGCUACGACGGACGGAUAUGCCACUUUACACUCAAGGCCGUGCCGUACCCUGAGAAUGCAUUUCCCCGCGCGCAUACGUGCUUUAACCGCAUCGACUUGCCCAAGUACAAGACCAAGAAGGAAGUGGAAGACGUCAUGUCGCUUGUGAUCAACAUGGAAGUGACAGGGUUCACCGACGAGUAAGAAGACGGCCGCCUCGAUAUGUGAUAUACCGUAUCGCAGCUACGUGUGUGUCUGUGCUGCCUUCACCGAAGAUGGGACACUGCAGUGGUUGCCACUCCCAUUGACGUUGCGUCGUCGUCGCUACCUUUAUAUAACCGCUACCAACAUGGAGUACUACUAUAAAAAAACUGUCCUU